CGAACGUAAUGUCACUUGAUCAUCUGCUGUCAAAUCAAAAUUGAGAAUAUAUUUACGUCAGCCACGUUGGAAGUGCCAAGUUGGUGUUUUUAUGUGAUCAAGUGUUGUGAAGAUGAAAGUGAAGGAGCUGAAGAGGACGGUGAACGUGAGCUGGUCCCCUGCGGAGCACUUCCCGGUGACGAUCGCGGCCGGCUCGGCGGCACAGCAGGUGGACUCGUCGUUUAGCUCCAGUUCCUACCUAGAGCUCUAUUCCUUGAACUUGGAAGAUCCUGGGCUCGAUUUAGAGCUUAAAUCCAGUUUGCAGACAGAACACAAAUUUCAGAAGCUAGUAUGGUCAGGUGCCGGCGUGAUAGUUGGUGGAUGUGAUGGCGGUCUCUUACAGUUCUACAGUGCAGACAAACUUCUUAACAAUGCCUCCGAUGCACUACUCGGCAGCUGCACAAAACAUAGUGGUCACGUAUCAGCGUUGGACAUCAAUCCUUACCAGAAGAACCUGCUCGCGUCGGGAGCGUCCGAGAGCGAGAUCUUCAUCUGGGACCUGAACAACACAAGCCAGCCGAUGGCGCCCGGCAACAGGAACCAGCCCUACGACCAUGUGCAGGGCUUAGCGUGGAACCAACAGGUCCAACACAUUCUCGGUUCCACAUUCACGACUAGAUGCGUUGUUUGGGACUUGAGAAAGAAUGAACCUAUUAUGAAGUUGAGCGACUCUCAGUCCCGCACUAGAUGGCGCUCGUUAGCAUGGCACCCAUCAGUCGCUACACAACUUUGCAUCGCGUCCGAAGAUGAUCAAGUACCAGUUGUGCAGCUGUGGGAUUUGAGAUUGGCAGCUUCACCUCUGGUGACCCUGGAAGGCCACAACAAGGGCGUGAUGUCGCUGUCUUGGAGUCGCGAGGACCCUGACCUGCUGCUUUCCGCCGGCAAGGAUGGCCGCUUGCUGUGCUGGAACCCCAAUAACACCAAGCCUGGCGGUGAGUUACUGGCUGAGAUCAGCCAGCAGCAGCAGUGGGUGUUCGACGUGUCGUGGUGUCCGCGCGACCCCAGCCUGCUGGUGAGCGCCAGCUUCGACCAGCAGGUGGCCGUGCACUCGCUGCUGGGGGGAUCCCGGCCCGAGAUCACGACGCACAACCAGAGCAACAUAAUGGACUCGUUCGGCGGUGUGGACGGGUUCAGCCUGCUGCCGGCGGUGGCCCGCGCGGCCGCGCCCGCGCCGCAGCCCGCGCGCCUGCCGCACGCGCCGCGCUGGCUGCGCCGCCCUGUCAGAGCUAAGUUCUGCUUCGGCGGAAAACUGGUUACAUUCGAAAAAUGCCCGCAAGAAGCUGGACCACAGAAACUAGUUCACAUUAGUCAGGUCGUCAGUGAACCAGAAAUAGUUGAAAAGGCAGCAGAUUUAGACGCUAUCCUAGAAGCUACCCUAAGUAACGACCCCUCUGCCCUUGAAAGACUAGCAGAGUACUGCCGCCUGAAAGGCGACGCCGCCAGCGACCAGAACGAGCGCUACACGUGGUUCUUCCUGCGCGCCAACUUCCUGCCCACCUUCCGCACUGAAGUACUCAACUUAUUGGGUUUUAAACAAGACGAAAUGUCUUCCAAGUUUAAGAACGCGAACGUAACAUCUGGUGACGGCCAGCCACCAGAGGUCGCGGGGUUAAGCCGAGGCGAGUCCACGGAGACGGAGGCAGAGUUGUCGACGGACACGAGCACUGAUCUAUCGGACGCCCACACUCUCAUCGAGAGGAAACUCGCCAACCUUGACUUGGCUCCCACAGCUACCAACGUAGUUAUCCCCAACGGAGAAGAUUUAACGAGUCUCAUCUGCCGCGCAUUAGUAUGUGGAAAUUUGGAAGAAGCGGUCGAACUAUGCCUGGACGCGAAGAGAGUUGCCGAUGCACUGAUUAUUGCAUCUUUGGGCAGUCCCGAACUCUUGUACAAGGUGCAGAAGUACCACCUGAAGCAGACGUCGGGCGAGCCGGUGUCGCUGGUGUGCGGCAGCCUGCUGCUGGCGCGCUGGGACCUGCUCGUGAGCUCGGCCGCGCCCGCCAGCUGGAGGGAGACGCUCGCCGCGCUGCUCACGCACUGCGACGCGGACUGCGCCAGCCACUACUGCGAGAUGCUAGGCGACAAAUUGUCGAAGGAGUCAGACCCGUCUUUAUCGUCGGCGGCCAGCAUCUGCUACCUUUGCGCCAUGAGCCCCGAGGCGCUGGUGUCGCGCUGGGCGCGCGGCCGCCGUGACGUCACGGGGCUGGCCGCGCUCACCGAGCGCGCGCUGCUGGCCCGCCGCGCCGCCGCCGCCAGGGGGCGGCAGCUGCCUGCGGGCGGCAAACUGGAGACAGUUCUGAACGAGUACGCGUCCCGGCUGGCGGCGCAGGGCUGCCUGCAGAGCGCGCUCAACACGCUGGAGGGCAUCCAGCACGCCGAGCUCAGGGACCGCCUGCUGCACGCGCUCGGCCUCGUGCCCGCCAGGAGGGCUAGUCAGCAACCACAACCUACCCGUGGAGUCAUGGGACAUCGCCGCGGACCAGUCGCACAACCUAACCCGGGCUACGGAACAGAUUACGACCAGGGUUACCAGCGUGGCUUCCAACAGCAGCAGCCACUACAGCAGCAACCCGCUCAGCCACAACCUCUACAACCACAACCAUUACAGCCACAACCACUUCAGCCGCCGCAAACCCAGCCACCACGACCCCUCAGCGUUGGCUCACAAUCUGGUGGCAUUGGCGGUUCUCGCUCCAAGUACAAGCUGGACCCCUCUGUACAGUCCGCCCCGUUGUACAACCAGUACAACUUCAACAGCAACCCUGUUACCUCGCAACCCUACGGCGGUUACAACAGUCCCCUCCCCGAUCAAUACGGGGCUAGUGUUCCGGCGCUCAACAAUCAAAUGAACCAGCCGGGGCCCCUGAGCCAGCCGGGGCCCCUGGGGCGCGGGCCCCCGGGUCCAGCUCCAGUGAAUCACAUGGCGCCAAUUAACCCUGUACUGAACCAGGCACCCCUGAACCCGGCGGCCCCUGUCAAUGGCUCGUACUACAACCCUGGCCAGGCUGUCGAGCCCGCAGUGGCCGCCGUGCCUUCGAAACCGGUGCCUCCUGGCUGGAACGACCCACCUAUGAUGUCUUCUAAACCUAAGCCGAAACAAGAAGUAACAGCGCAGGCACCCAUCACGCACCCGCUCUUCGGCGUGGAGCCUCCUCAGCACGUGCCCUUGAAUCCUGCCUACCCUGCCCAGCAGCAGUACCCUGGGCAGCAGUCACCCGCCCAGUACGGCCAGCAGCCGCCCGCCCAGUACGGCCAGCAGCCGCCCGCCCAGUACGGCCAGCAGUACCCUGGCCAGUACGCGGAGUAUCAGCAGAUGCCGGCCAUGACGCCGGCGUACCCGCAGAAGGCCGAGAGCCCGGCGCCGCCGCCGGAGCCGGUCCCGGUGCAGAAGCCGCCCGUGCCCGAGCAACACGCCGUGCUGCAGAACGUGCUCGACUCGCUCAGGAGCGAGUGCAGCAACAGGGCUACCAACCCCCAAAUGAAGAGGAAGUUAGAUGAUGUCCAGAAAAGGCUUGAGACGUUAUACGACAUGCUUCGUGACUACAAGCUAUCAGACACAGCAGCGGGCGUCCUGCACGCCUGCUGCGCGCAGGCCUCCGCCGGCAACCACCUGGCGGCGCAGGCGCAGGUGGCGGCGCUGGCGGGCGGCGCGGACUUCGCGGCCGUGGCCAGCUUCCUGCCCGCGCUCAAGACGCUGUUCCAGCUCGCCGCGCAGCUCAACGUACUGUUGCGAUGAUUUUGCGAGAAACUUAACCCACUGCCAACAUUACCACCUAAAGCUGACUUUUUAUGAAGAAUUACUUCCAUGUUCAUUAUUUUCUAUUGAUAUUAUUCCAUUUACAACGGGCGCCUAGAAUCUCGAUGGCAAGCGCCUGUAAAUGAAUUUCACUCUUUCAUAAACUUAUCUUACUUCCUACUUGGCCGCUUUUUUUAAAAGAUCUAUCCUCAAUUUGUUGCAUUUAUGUUAGUGAGAUACAUAAUAUAAAAUUAAAUAAUACUAUGUAAUACUAUAAUCGGUUUACUAUAAAUUCUACGUAUUAGACGGUCGUGUAUUGUAGGCGAUACCCAAAGACAUGUGAACUGUUGAGCAUGAUGCGCGAGGCACUGCGACCACGAACUAUGUUAUUAAUAUAAAUAAUGUAUUAUAGAAUUAUAUUAUUGAGGAAAUUAUAUUUUGUAGAAAAUUA